CCCGGCCGCCGGCCCAUGGGCGGCGGCGGCGGCUCGGAGGCGCCUCCUCCUCCUCCUCCCGCCGCAGACCCGUGCGGCGGGGACCCGCGACCGCAGCAGCAGCUCGGGUGCCGCGCCGGCCGCAUGGCGGGCUACGCGCCGCGCCUGCCCUGGCUGCUGCCGCUGCUGCGCCGGGCGGCGCCGCCCCCCUGGGCUCGGGCAGCCGCCGGGGCCGCCGGGCUCCGCGCCCCGCCGAGCCCGCCCGGCAGGUGCGGGGCGCACCCGACGCCGCUGCCGCUGCUGCUGCUGCCACCGCCGGGCUCCCCGUCCUACCGCCGCCGCCUCCUCCCCGCCGCGGCGGCGGCGAGCGGCGCCCCGCGCUCCCUGAGCACCGCGGCGGGCGCGGAGCCACCGCGGGAGGCUGCGGGCGCUCCGCCGCGCUUCGAGGCUCGGAGGCUGCUGGCCCUGGCACACCCCGAGCGCCGGAGACUGACAGCUGCUGUUGGCUUUCUGGCAGUUUCCAGUGUCAUUACCAUGUCAGCCCCUUUCUUUAUGGGGAAAGUUAUUGACAUUAUUUAUACAAAUCCCAGUGAGGAUUUCACUGACAGCCUGACCAGACUGUGUGCCUUGCUGAGUGGAAUCUUUUUAUGUGGUGGUGCUGCUAAUGCUACACGUGUCUACCUCAUGCAGACUGCAGGACAAAGAAUUGUGAAACGUUUGAGAGCAACCAUGUUCUCCUCUAUUGUGAAGCAAGAAACGGCUUUCUUUGACAAGACCAGAACAGGAGAGCUGAUAAACCGCUUAUCUUCAGAUACAGCCCUUUUGGGCCGCUCAGUGACUGAAAACCUUUCAGAUGGGCUCAGGGCAGGAGCACAAGCGUCUGUGGGGGUUGGAAUGAUGUUUUUUGUUUCCCCUAGCCUUGCUGCAUUUGUUUUGAGUGUUGUGCCACCCUUGGCUGUCAUGGCUGUGAUUUAUGGCAGAUACUUGCGAAAGCUUACUAAAAUGACUCAAGAUUCUCUUGCAGAAGCAACACAGUUAGCUGAAGAGCGUAUUGGAAACAUCAGAACAGUUCGAGCUUUUGGGCAAGAAAUGGCUGAAAUGGAGAAGUAUACAAAUAAAGUUGAUUAUGUGCUACAGCUGGCUAAAAAAGAGGCACUAGCUCGGGCUGGCUUCUUUGGAGCAACUGGCCUUUCUGGAAACUUAAUUGUCCUCUCAGUGUUAUACAAAGGAGGAUUACUAAUGGGCAGUGCCUACAUGACAGUUGGUGAACUCUCCUCUUUCCUAAUGUAUGCUUUCUGGGUUGGCAUAAGCAUUGGAGGUCUAAGUUCCUUUUAUUCUGAGCUAAUGAAAGGACUAGGUGCUGGUGGACGUCUUUGGGAACUUAUUGAAAGGAAGCCCCAACUUCCAUUUAAUGAGGGAAUCACAUUAGGCAAAGACGUAUUCAGAGGCGCUUUGGAAUUCAAAGAUGUUGAAUUUGCAUAUCCAACACGUCCAGAAGUAUCAAUUUUCAAAGAUUUCAGCCUUUCCAUUCCAGCUGGCUCUGUUAUGGCUCUCGUUGGCCCAAGUGGUACAGGGAAAUCAACCAUUGUAUCCCUUCUGCUGCGGCUGUAUGAUCCUAUCUCAGGUACUAUCACCGUUGAUGGCUUUGAUAUCCGUCAGUUAAAUCCACUGUGGUUCAGGACAAAGAUUGGAACAGUGAGUCAGGAACCAAUUCUCUUCUCCUGUUCUAUUGCUGAAAAUAUUGCCUAUGGUGCAGAGGAUCCUUCUACUGUGACUGCAGAGGAGAUUCAGAAAGUUGCCGAAAUAGCUAAUGCUGCUAGUUUUAUCAGAGAUUUUCCAAAAGGGUUUGACACUGUAGUUGGAGAAAAAGGAAUUUUGCUUUCAGGUGGACAAAAGCAACGAAUUGCAAUUGCUCGAGCUCUGCUCAAGAAUCCUAAAAUUCUUCUGUUGGAUGAAGCAACAAGUGCUUUGGAUGCUGAAAAUGAGUAUCUAGUGCAAGAAGCUCUGGACCGGCUGAUGGAAGGGAGGACAGUCCUAAUCAUUGCUCAUCGUCUGUCUACUAUUCAAAAUGCUGAUUUUGUUGCAGUCCUUGGCCAGGGUAAAAUUCUUGAAUGUGGGAAACAUGAGGAACUACUUGCAAAUCCUAAUGGACUUUUCAGGAAACUAAUGCAGAAACAAGCUUUUCUUCAGAAUAAUGAUACUUUUGCAUUAGAUUUACAAUCCAGAGAAAAGGAUAUAUUAAAAGAAAAUGUAUGAGACAAUGUAUGAAUAAUUACAAACUUCAAAGACUAUAACUUAUGUUUCAGUUAUGUAAAGUAAAUGUUAUAUUUUUCCAAAAUGUACAAAAUAUUCUUUUGAAAUUUAAAUGUGUUUAAACUUUUUAUUGAAAGCUUUUUAAUAACUAUUGUAACUUUUAAAAAUAUCUGUCACACUGAGAUAAUUUCAGGGCAUAGAUUUUUCUGCUUGUGUUACUUUGAGGCUGUCUAGAAUCUUGUUUGCUGUAAUGCACUGUAUGAAGAUGUGCUCCAUUCUCAAGAAAGUUCAAUAUUUUAAAGGUAAUUAAAUUACAAUCUUAUCAUUUUCA